CCACCAUCCCUCUUGGAAGAUUAUUCAUCCCCUAAGAAAAUGUCCAUUUCUUUAAUCCUUCUUCAAAAAUGUCGCCUUCUGCAGCCCUCGUCAUUGUCUUUUCAUCAGACCUCCCACCAUUUUCCCCAGUCAACGCUCCCUCCCUCAACCCUCUCCUCUCAAUUUCUUCUCCUUCUUCUUCCUCCUCCAACUCCAUCUCAAACCCUUCUACACACGCCAUCCCGAAGCUGCUUCGAUCUCUUCUACGAGUUUCCCCCAUCUGGGUUUUGGGGGGUUUAUGGUAAACCCCUCCUAGUCAAUGGUACCAACAAAGGGCCCCAAAAGUUCUGGCCUUUUGAUGAACCGGAAUCUGGGUCUUGGUUUCUUCGUCUUGCUGUCGUUUCUCAGCAGCUCCGUCGUCAAUUCCCAAUGUAACCGGGGCUGCGAUUUGGCGUUGGCUUCCUACUACGUCUGGGAAGGCAGCAAUUUGACCUACAUCCUCCAGCUGAUGAAAUCCAACAUUCUUCGGGAGACCGACUUCGACGCCCUGCUGAGCUACAACAGGCAGAUACCCAACAAGGACAGCGUUCAGCAGGACACACGGAUCAACGUCCCUUUCCCUUGCGAAUGCAUCAACGGGCAGCUCCUGGGCCACGUUUUCCUCUACCCGACGGUCACCGGGGACACCUACGACCUGAUCGCCGGCAGGAAUUACGCGAAUUUGACCACCGUUGACUGGCUCCGGAGGUUCAAUUCCUACCCUCCCAACAAUAUCCCUGAUAGGAACGCCGUGGUGAAUGUCACCGUGAAUUGCUCGUGUGGGGACAGUUCGAUUUCGAGGGAUUAUGGGCUGUUUGUUACUUACCCGCUCAGGCAGGGGGAUACUUUGGAAUCGAUUGCCCGGGGAAGUAAUGUGUCGGCGGAUUUGCUGCAGCGCUAUAAUGCUGGUGCCAAUUUCAGUAGCGGGAGGGAUUUGGUUUUUGUUCCAGGCAGAGAUGCAAGCAAUAGCUACCGCCCCUUGAAUUCAAGCUCUUCUGGUGGCAUAUCUGGGGGAUUGAUAGCUGGCAUAUCAAUAGCAGCUGUAGCUGUGGUCUUGUUGUUGGCUGUUUGUGUAUAUGUCAAGUUCUACAGGAAGAAGAAGAAGGUGGCAGGGACCGUACAGUUGCCAGCUUUAUCACUAGGCUACUCUGCCCAAGGCAAGCUAGUAAUUUUUAGCUUUCAAAGUCGUCCUGGAGCUCACUCAGAUAAGCCACUCGAAUCACCUAGUGGGGCGGCAUCUGGAGGACUUACCGGCAUUACUGUGGACAAAUCAGUGGAAUUCUCAUAUGAAGAACUAGCAAAGGCUACCGAUGACUUCAGUUUGGCCAAUAAGAUUGGUGCAGGUGGCUUUGGAACUGUUUACUAUGCAGAAUUAAGGGGCGAGAAAGCUGCAAUCAAGAAGAUGGACAUGCAAGCAUCAAAGGAAUUUUUUGCUGAGCUCAAGGUUUUAACACAUGUUCAUCACCUGAACCUGGUCCGUCUGAUUGGAUACUGUGUGGAGGGAUCUCUUUUCCUGGUAUAUGAGUUCAUAGAGAAUGGAAACUUGUCUCAACAUUUGCGUAGCACUGAGAGGGAGCCACCAACGUGGCCUGGCAGAGUGCAAAUUGCACUCGAUUCUGCUAGAGGCCUUGAGUAUAUCCACGAGCAUACUGUUCCCGUAUACAUUCACCGAGAUAUCAAGUCUGCAAAUAUAUUGAUCGACAAGAACUACAGAGCAAAGGUAGCAGAUUUUGGAUUGACGAAACUUACCGAGGUUGGAAGUACCUCGCUCCCCACACGUCUGGUUGGUACAUUCGGAUACAUGCCUCCAGAAUAUGCUCAAUAUGGUGAUGUUUCCCCAAAAGUGGACGUAUAUGCAUUUGGAGUUGUACUAUAUGAGCUUAUUUCAGCCAAGGAAGCCAUUGUUAAGCCCAAUGGAUCCAAUACGGAAUCUAGAGGACUUGUGGCAUUGUUUGAGGAUGUCCUAGACCACCCUGAUCCACAAGAAGAUAUCCGAAAACUGGUCGAUCCAAGGCUGGGCGAUAACUAUCCACUCGAUUCAGUUCGAAAGAUGGCCCAACUUGCCAAGGCUUGCACGCAAGAGAACCCCCAACUACGUCCGAGCAUGAGAUCCAUUGUUGUAGCUCUAAUGACGCUGUCAUCCUCGACAGAAGAUUGGGAUGUUGGCUCCUUCUACGAUAACCAAGCUCUUGUCAAUCUGAUGUCAGGAAGAUGAGAAGUGGGAAGAGAGUAAUUCUCUCUCCCACCCUCGUCUCAUCCCUUCUUGAAUCGUGUGAAUAGUACACAGAUAUUAUUGGGGUUUCUCUCGGGUCAUAGUCGUAUACCUCCCAUCUUUGUUGUUUUUCUCUGUAAAUGUCAUUGUGUAGCAGCAGCAGCAGCUGAAGCGAAUUCACGGGGGUGGGGGGUGGAAAUUCAAAGUCUUCAGAAUUUGUAGCAGCAAGAUCGUUUCUUGAUUUGAAUGGAUCAACUAGAAAGAGAAAAGAUCUUUUCUUUGGCUUGAGGCAAGGGGAUAGGUUUGGGAAAAUGGUCCCUCCCUAACAGACGACAGUUGCUUUCUAGGAACUUGAAAUGUUUGACACAACUUGAGAUAUUGGCUGACGAAGGAAAGCCGCUACCUCCUGCGGUUUCUUGGGUGUCAAGUUUCUGUGUGUGAAGUGGCGUGAAUGGAAAAGUUAAAAGGUUGACUUUUGAUCAAAAGCGGUUGCCUUUGUUGAAUUUUGAUUGGUGGGGUGGCCUUUCUAAAACAGUAAAACUGUAUCUUACCUUGCCGCGGAUCGGAUAUGGUUCUCCCACCUACUGUUGGGAGGACGUUUUUUCAGCGGAGAAUAUGAUAUUUGUGUAAUGAUAUUAUAGUAUACGAUUUACAGG